GUCACCGGCUUUAAUGGCAGGCAUCGGCGUGUUGGUUGUCGUACUGGUUGUAGUAGGAAUAGGUGUUGCCGUAGUGAUGCUUCGAAGACGAGGAAUUAUUCCUGCUCGUUUGAAGAAUAGAGCCCCCAAUAGGAAGGGUGAUAAGCAUGACGGCAUGUUGCCAAAUGCAGCGUCUAAUGUAGCAAGAGUCCAUAAAUCUAUGGUUAACCCUAACUACUUUGUACUUGAAAAACAAACCGAGUCAGUGAUCGAACAAAUCGAUCGUUACAACAAAUCAGAGGAUCUUGAGACAGACAUUAUUGAUGAGAACAUUUACCAUUCUAUUGAUGAACCGGCGGCGGAACUGCGUGGGAACGUCAAAGGCGACUGUUGGGAUUAUGAUUUCACCACUGACGGAGCCGCAACAUCUCGUGGUAUAACCCAUGACAAUGUAUACAAUAAACUGAAACUUGACCGCCAGGGUAACUAUGAAAAUGUUAAGCGAUCAUGUCAGAUUAAUAAUAUCACGGCACACAACGAUUACGAUACGACUGCAACUCUUAAGGCGAUACGUCUUCAUGGACACGACGACUAUGACCAUGUGGGUGGCAUGGGGCAUUUUUCUGCUCUCUCGUCAAGCGGUGACGACAAUACUCAGCAGUGAAGUUCGCGACGCAUGCACGAGCCUCAGUCGCAGAAUUGGACAAGCGUGAUGACAGUAAUGGGCAAAAUCCGUUCGUCACAGUUUAAGUAGUCAACGACAACAGAGAUAUGUUGGCCUCGUACAAAUUAAUAAAUGAACACGGGUUCUUCAUGUUACUGCAGGAGUUAUUACCACGUACAUUUUAACGGAUCUGUGAUGUACGAUAAUACCUCAUUACUCUUACAAUUUAUUUGAUGUGUAUCAUUAACAUUAUAUUUAAGUAUGCUUGUAAAUAGUGAAAGAUUGAAUAAUGAGUCAAUUCUGUUCCUAGGAUGUAAAACCAUGCAAACCCUGAGACGAAUUUACCAGACGUUCAACCAUUUCUAAGGCAACUCAGUACACCUACUUUCUAUGGGCAAAUUGUUUAUUCUCUAAUGUGGUUGUGAAUUAUAUUUUUGACGAAGGUAAGACAACAUUGUGCAUACAUUAUAUUAUGUUGAAUCGCAAUUUAGACAAACACACUACUGUUUCCCAGUAUUAUGGGGUUAAACGGUAAAUGGAAUAGCUUGUUCUCAAGGUCAAAUAUUCAAACACGUCACGAUAAAGAACAUCAUGAUAAUACAGCGUGUUAUCUCAUGCACAUAACAAAUGU